UUUGCAACCCGAACAAGGGCAUCAGCAUCUACUACAACCGGAUUGAGGCUAGGGCUUUCUACCAGGGCCAGUGAUUCUCCACCAUCGAGUUGCAGAAGUUCUAUCAGGGGAAGAAGAACACCAGAACUGAAGAAUGGCUCCGACUACAAUUUCUCUGAGCUGAAGCUGCUGGCUCACACCGGAACUCAUGUCGACGCGCCGGGCCAUUUCUACGACAACUACUUUGACAGAGGGUUUGAUGUCGAUACCCUUGACCUCAGAGUACUCAAUGGUGCUGUGUUGCUUGUAGAUGUUCCCAGAGACAAGAAUAUUACUGAUCAAGUUAUGAAGUCCAUAAACAUUCCCAAGGGUGUGAAAAGAGUACUUUUCAGAACACUGAAUACAGAUAGGUCCUAGCUUCCAUAUUGUCUCACCGCGCUACCUUCUUCGUCUCUAGUAUGCAAUCAUGUGAUCUUCGAGUGAAUGGAUCUCAUUUCGGGUGAGGAGAAUGCGGACCAAGGCUGCGGCCCGAACUCGACGAGAGGGAACCAGCCUGAUGCGUAGGAGCGCAGCUCUGAUUCGCCUUGUUCAGCUCAGGCUUGAAAGUGUUAGCACGGCCGCUGCUCUGGUCAUCAAUACGGUCUCUGUUGUGAUCAUUGAAAGGUUGCUGCUGCUGGGACCCCCGAGAAGUGUUCACUCUUGGAUCCGGAUUCGAGCUGUACUGUUCAAACAUCGCCCUCUGCUCCGGCGACCCAACCUCAACCUGGUCCAUCCCAAUGAUGGAAACAACCCUGGUAUCUGAGUGUGAGUCGCCCUGAUCAGCCCCCUGACACUGUUCUUGCACAUUGCACCGCUCAUCCAGCCUACUCUGCUUAUUCAACCGGCUAUGCUCAAUCAACUGAUUCUGCUCAGGCCCCCGUCUCUGCUCAGGAACACGGCUCUGCUCAAACAUCCUUCUGUGCUCAGGCGUCUGGUUCUGCUCAGUCGGCUGAGCCGAUGCAGCUAUGGCCUCGCCAUCCUCUCUGUUCUGGCAAGACUCCCGAUCAGUCACAGCUCUAGAAACCGAGCCCAAGCUGCUCAGGUCCCCACCUUGCUGGACUCUAACUUGACUUUUCUCCGGUCUCUGAGAAGGGUCUUUGAUUAUGCUCAUAUCAUUCGGGCCCUUUCCCAAUUCAGAUUCCAAACUGUCCUCAAGGACCUCAAAAGCAUUGAACGUGACAAUGUCCGAAGAAAUCGCCCUCGGAGAGAGCGAAGGUUUCUCAACAUGAUUCCCCGCCUUCAAGGGAACCUCCGCAUUCUUCCCUAGCGUGUCUACCGUCGGGUCAAACUCACCCUCCUGAAGAACAGUACCCUCUGCAGUUCGAGGCCGCCAAAUCGAGCGGCUCCUAGCCCGCCGGCGCCUAGCUCUAUUCCUGCGACGCCGGCCAUGCCGAUCAGUAAUCUGUCCAGAGGUCCUGUUUGGGGAGGGCGGCUCCGCAUCAGUGGGAUUAGCCUCCGGAUUAAUCUUCCGACAAUUAUCUGUAGAGUGGCUAAGAGAAGAGCAAACACAACAGAAAGGAGGCAUAUCCUCAUAACGGAAUUCAAUAUCAUAAAUGUUUUCAUAAGUGUUCAUGAAAGCACCUUAAAAGCUAGUUUGAAAAUAAAAAGAAUUGGAACUUGGAAGCA